CGCCCCUGCGCCCCCGUCCCCCACACCCGCCGCCGCCGCCACCUACACCCGACGUCGUCCAGCCACCAGCCUCCUCGCCUUGCAAGGUGACUUGAGACAAUCAAGAUGGCUCUCUCAUCGGUUUUCAGGAGAGGAAAUGUGAAAGAAUUGAUCUCAAAUGUUUCAGUCUACACUAGCGCUGCAGAGUCAUCUGGAGGGAUGAGCUUGCUUUUUAAGCGUUGGGCCACCAAAAAGACUGCUGGAUCAACAAAAAAUGGUCGUGAUUCUAACCCUAAGUAUUUGGGUGUCAAAAAGUUUGGCGGAGAGAAAGUGGAGCCAGGAAACAUCAUCGUCCGCCAAAGAGGAACCCGCUUCCAUCCCGGGAACUAUGUUGGCAUGGGGAAGGACCAUACCCUCUUCUGUCUGAAAGAAGGACAUGUGCGAUUUGAGCGCAACAAGCUGACUGGCAGGAAAUGGGUUCAUGUUGAUCCUGCUGCUGGGCAUGUGCUCCACCCUGUCUACGCCAGUGAUUCAACCAAUGCUGUUGAAAUGGAGCCACUGUAAUAGUGGCUAUAUAUGGUUAAAGUAAGAUGUGUUGCUAAUAGCUGUUGUGCUUGCCUUGAAUGCCUUCUCUCAAGGGAACUUGUUCCAAU